AUGCCUCGCUAUUGCCAUGGCUUCGAGGAUCCAUCAGGAGACGGAGCCCGACCAUGCAUUUUCUCGCAAGAUGGUAGAGGUGGACCUGCGCAAACCAGCAACAAGAGCUGCGUACUGUGCAGUCUGGAAAGCCUAGAACUCGCUCUUGGUUCUCGUGUGGCCAGAGGCAAUUUGAUCAGACAGCUGAAGCACUGGCGGCAAGUCGGGUCGCCGACAUAUGAAGCGGCAUUUGGGUUGGGAUCAUUGUGUGUGCUAUCUGCCAGCGAGCAAUGUGGCUUGCGGGCAAAGGCCGGAGAGCGUCCCAACUUCAAGCCAUCCAGCAGUUGGUUGCAUAAGAAGCAACGGCGCCUGAGGCAGUUCUUGCUCGGCCGAGCAAUCCCGCGGACGAGCCUGAGCACCCGCAGCCGAAAAUAUGUGCAGUCUGCAUCAAGCCAGCGCAGUGGUGGCCAAAGCUGGAUUCUUCACUAUUACUAUGUGCACAAUCGCAAGAUGGCACAUCGUCUUGCCACUGCGUUAAAGAAAGUCGCAGGUGGUACAGUUUGGAAGGGGAAGAAGGCGUCGCUGAGAGGAUACCGCCAAAGAUGGUGGCGAGCUCGGAGGGAACUGAGACGAAGAUAUUCUGAGCUGAUGGCUAUGGCUGAAGGGCCUCUUUUGAGCUGCAGAGCCGCGAAGUGGGCAAUCGAAGAGGAUAUACUGCAAGCUGGCUUUCGAGUGCCUCUAUCUGACAGGAUGUCAUGCCAGAAUCAUCCGCAAUGGAGAUUCUUGGCUGAAACCGGCCACAUCCUUUACUUCCAGAGCCCGCAUGAAAGUCUGGAUUUCGCACAGAAACAGUUGGCGAGUGCGACGUGCUCCAUCAACAACGCACUGGGCAGACCCACGUGCGACAUCACUUUGCAGACGGCCCAACGCCUAUUGAAGGCACGCGGUUCUGAACAUGAUUGGCGCAUGUGUGUGAAGCGGGAUGGCAAGAUACUGUCUCCUUUCGCCGUUGGCUGUGCCCUGGAACAGAUUGGUUUCAAAUUGCAGUAUUGUUCUGACCCAAGCAUUUGGCCAGCUGGAGCACAGAGCCUGCUGCAAAUCCGUGGCGACCAGAAUUCUGGUAAUGAGCAUUGGGCUGCUCUGACAUCCUGUGAUGGCCGAAUAUAUGUGUUAGAUUGCUUCCAAGGCAAGCCUGAGCUGGUCAUGAAUUGGCACCCAGACUUGCAACCUUGCGAAACCUACGCGGUGCGUAUCCUCAAGAAGAAGAAGGCCGGGAGCGGGAACGAAGCCGUGCAGGCUCGCCUGCAUGGUGUCCCAGGUGCGUGGUCUCAGUCGAAGAAGGCGGAGGCAGGGACGAGGCGCAUGCUCGGAGGCGGGAGCUCUCGGCCCGAAGAAGGUGAAGGUGGGGACGAGGGCGGAGCACUUAUCCUCAACCGAUAUGGGGUCCUAGGUGCGCGCCCUACCGCAGCGUGCAUCAGUGCCAGGUGCUUGAAGCCAGAAGAAGGCGAGCUUCAAGAGGAGGCGACAACAAGCUCGAAGGACUUACUCUCAGAAUACGUUCUCGGCGCGUGGUCUCAACCUGAAGAAGACAGAGGCGGCGACAAGGCCGGAUCGCCUAUCCUCAACUUUCAUGGGUUCCCAGGUUCGUGGUCUGGAGAGAACAGAAGCCGAGACCAGGCCGGAGUGCCUAUCCUCAAUCAAUAUGGGGUCCCAGGUGCGCGGUCUCAACUUGAAGAGGAUGGAGGCGGGAACCAGGCCGGAGCACUUCUCCUCAACCAAUAUCGGGUCCGAGGUGCGUGGUCUCAACUCGAACAGGCGUGGAAGCUCAAGAUGAAGAAGGGCAAGGACAAGGCCGGGAGGGGUUAUCAUCAACCAAUAUGGGUUUCCAAGACGUGGGGUCUCAAGUGUGGAAGCUCACAAGUCGAAGAAGACAGAGGCAAGGACAAGGCAGGGACAAGGCGGGAAGGCUUAUCCUCAACCGGUAUGGGGUUCCGAGGUGCGUGGUCUCAGUCGAAGAAGGCGGAGGCAGGGACGAGGCCGGCGCAAUAUGGGGUUCCAGGCGCGUGGUCUCAGCCCGAAGAAGGCGGAGGCGGGGACGAGGCGGGGACGAGGCCGGAGCGCUUAUCCUCGACCAACGUGGAGUCCCAGGUACGCGAUCUCGGCCCGAAGAAGGUGAAGGUGG